CUCCUUGUCAGUCGUUGAAGCGGAUCCCUUUGUUACUUCUUUAACUUUACCUUCAUCAUCUUCCUCUAAUUCGUUCCGAACUUCUCUUAACAUAAUUUCUCCUACGAUUGGUAACUCGCAAAUUUCCAUACAACCGGAAUUGCCCGACGAUGAACUGAUGCCGCCUCCUGUUUCUAUUCCCGUUCGACAAUCAUCUCAGCAAAGACAUAGACGUCGCAGACACGCUGUUGUACCGUUACGAAUGACUCAUCGUAUUGCAAUGACUCAAACAACGCAACAAUUGGAGCAACUUGGUGAGAAUCCAUUUCAUAUAGGUCCGCUAAAUGAAAUUUGUCCUCACUGUGAUGCUCUAUUUUUUGUUGGUGAGAAGAAAAAUCGCCAAAACGUCCGUUUGAGCUGUUGUAAGGACGGGGCGUACACUCUGCCGAAUUUGAGUCAAUGGCCAAGGGCAAUAAAAAAUUUGUACUCAACUUCGGCAGAAUUUAGACAAGAGAUUCGUUCGAUCAACAGUUUGUUUGCGAUGGCUUCUUUUAAAACCAGUCAGCCUAGUGUUGAUUUUCGAGGGGAACAAGGACAUUGGUGCUUUAGUAUUUGCGGACAAAUUUAUCAUAUGCUCGGUGGGAUACCGAAAUCUCAAGAUCUUAGAAAUCCCACUUUGAAUCACUACUAUUUUCUCGAUAGCGAAGAGGCGCUCGAACAUCGUAACGAAUUUUUACAAUCUAGAGUGUCUCCUGCUACCUUGAGAAUAGUAGAAGAAUCAUUACGGGCAUGUAAUAGAUAUAUGCAAGCUUAUAAAACCGUCGGAGAAAUGGUACGCGAAGAACGUCGGCGACGACAAUUGGAUGAAGACGGUGAUUCCGAACGUAGAUUAAUCGUGGGUAUCGUUGCCAAAGGAAACAUCAAUAAUCAACGUCGAAAUUAUAAUUUGCCCGAAAGUCGCAGCGAAAUAGCUGCAGUCUUUCAAGGGGACGAGCCUCCCUUCCAAGUGGAUCUAAUUUUGUAUCCACAUAACCCUUCUGCGUCUCAGCCUCAUAUGAGGCAUCACGAAUUAAAAAAUCUCUCUCCAUUGGCAGAUCCGAUGGUUUACCCACUGUUAUUUCCCAAAGGAGAUAACGGCUAUUCUCAAGAUUUAGUCUAUUCUGACAGAAGACUAAAUCGAAAUAACAAAACCAAAAGCAUUACAUUCGGCGAAUUUUACAGGUACCGUACACAAAUUCGUGAAGGUUUUCCUACUUUGCAAUGCGGAGGAAAAUUGUAUCAACAAUAUAUUGUUGAUGCAUGGUGUAAGAUAGAAUCUAGUAGAUUAUGGUAUUUGCGACAAAACCAAGAGAAAUUUCGAGUCGCUCAAGAAACAGUUUUGCGUCGUAUAAAUAUCAAUCGCCAAGAACGCAAUUUAGCGCAAAUCGGCAAAUCGAUAGUUAUAUUACCAUCAAUAUUUCAGGGUGGCGAACGGAAUCGUCAAAGGCAAUAUCUGGAUGCUAUGACGGUCAUCGCCCGUCACGGUAAACCGGAUCUGUUCAUAACGAUGACGUGUAACCCUCGGUGGCCCGAAAUUAUAGAUAAUCUUGGUCCGCAUCAAAAAUGGGAGAACAGACCGGAUCUGGUCUGUAGAGUAUUCCACGCAAAAUUGCUGGAAUUAAUGGACGACCUAACGCAAAAACAAAUAUUUGGUGUCGUUAAAAACUACCACUACGUCAUCGAAUUUCAAAAACGAGGCUUACCUCAUGCCCACAUAGUUUUAACUAUGCAAACCGAUGACAAAGUGUUGGACGUCGAAACCGUCGAUGCUAUUGUACAAGCGUAUAUACCAGAUAAAAAUACGCAACGCAUCUUAUAUGGCCUUGUCAGAGAUUUCCACGUCCAUGCGCCUUGCGGACAAUUAAAUAUGUUCGCCAAAUGCAUGAUGAAUGGCCAAUGUAAAAAAUUUUAUCCCAAACCCUAUAGAACCCAUACUUCCCUACACAUGGGUGAUAAUAAGAGACCAGAAUACAAACGUCCCGACGAUGGUCGGACGAUUUAUGUAGAUGCUAAUCGAUGUCGGGUAACAAAUAGACGAAUUGUACCCUAUAAUGCUUAUCUAUUGAGCAAAUAUCAAUGUCAUAUUAAUAUCGAAGUGGUAGGCUCCCUCUAUACGAUGAAAUAUCUACAUAAAUAUAUACAAAAAGGCUCAGACUCUAUAACCCUGCGCAUCGGUGACGGUAAUAAUGAUGGGAAUACUCGAGCACAUUCCCAGCCAACGACUGAAUUGCAGAAAACUCCCAUCGAAACUUUGGUUAUCGAUGAAAUAAAAAAUUAUCAAGAUUAUAGAUACGUUAGUGCGAUGGAAGCGAUGUGGAGAAUUCUUGAAUUUAGAAUGCACGAUCGCUCCCACUCGGUGUUAGUGUUGCCUGUACACUUACCGGGCGAUAGAACGAUAAUGUUCGAAGAAUUAGAAGAAGCCAAUAACAUUGAAGCGCGUCUGCAAUCACGCUCAAAGUUAGAAGCUUACUUUGAAUUGAAUUCGCACGACGUUGUCGCUCGUACUUACUUGUAUCACGAAAUCCCUCAACAUUACACCUGGAACAAUAAAGAAUGCAAAUGGCAAUCCAGGCGUCAAGUAAGUAAGCAGAUCGGUUGUAUGAUUGAUGUAUCGCCGCUCCCGGGCCAAAUGGAACUUUUUUUCCUCCGACUGCUUUUAUCGCGAAUCAAAGGAGCGACAACGUACGAUGAUUUAAAAAAAAUUGAUGAUGACGGUACGACGACUGACACUUUCGAAGAAGCAUGCCGUAGAAAAAAUUAUAUUCGUCGAACCGACGAAUUCGAACGAGCUAUGAGGGAAGCCGUUCUAAAGCAGCACCCACGUAAAAUGCGUAAGCUAUUUGCACUCUAUUGUUGUAUCACAAUCGAUGAGGGUUUCACGGAAUACAACGCCAUUUGGCAUCAAUUCUGUGAAUAUAUGAUUGACGAUUUCGUGAAUCUGAAACGUCUCUCGUAUCAAAGAGCGGAGGAAGAAGCUUUUAAAGAAAUAAACGAAAUAUUAAAGAGAAAUAGAUCAAAUUUAUCUAUGGCAGCGUUAGGUAUACGUCCUAUCCACGAUAAUAAUAGAAGUGGUGCUGCUUUUAACCGUGUUCCCGACAUUGAUAAUAAUAUCAACUGCGAUUGUCAUUAUGAUUAUGGUGUAGAUUACGAUAAAGAUUUACCUAUAGCUUUGCGUUGUCGUCGUCGUCAUCUUAAUAAUCAAACUCAAAUUGACGACAACAAUUUUCAGUACGAUCCUAUAGAUCUCAACGUCGAUCAAAAAAGGAUCUUUCUGGAAAUUGUAAAAGUAGUAGCUCAAAUCGUUAACGUUCCUAUUCCUCGAGAGCUUAUCGAUAAAAUGAACGACGUUGUUUUUGAUGAUGAAAUUAACAAUUCCAUCAAUAAUGUCAACAAUCGUUUAUUUUACGUCGAUGGACCUGGAGGAACGGGAAAAACGUUCUUGUAUAAUUGUCUUUUGAAAGCUAUUCAACAGUAUUUCAAUAAAAAAACUAUCGCUGUGGCAUGGACUGGUAUUGCUGCCAAUUUAUUGAUCGGCGGUACUACAGUUCACAAAGCUUUCAAAUUACCAAUUAAUAUAACGAAUGAAACCAUGCCGGGAUGGCCUUUGGAAUCAGAACAAAGCCUGGCAAUACUCAAUGAAGUGGCUUUGAUCGUUUGGGAUGAAUCUCCUAUGACCCCUAAAUUAGCUAUUGAAGCUGUCGAUAGAUAUUUAAAAGAUCUAUCUAAAAGUUCUUUACCGAUGGGUGGCAAAUGUUGUUUAUUCGGUGGAGAUUUUAGACAGACUUUACCGGUAAUUAUAGGAGGCCAUAAGAAGGACAUCGUGAAUGCGUGUCUCAAACGGAGCGUACUUUGGUCUUCGUUUCGUACUUUCCAUCUCAGUAUCAAUAUGAGAGCUAGACAUUACGUUGAGAAUUACGAAGAAUUAGGUAAUCGAACUUUCGCCGAAUGGUUGUUGAAUUUGGGAGACGGUAAAAUUCAAUACGUCACUUUACAUCCUAAUUCAACAAUUUCUGGCAUUUUACCGGACGAUCUUAUCGAAAUUCCUCAUAUGCUUCGUGUAUCCAACAUCGAUCAAUUGAUUGAUUUUGUAUAA